AUGUCCGACAUAUACACCCCGCCACCACGAACCGCCUAUUAUCUGGCCCAGGCAUUCUACAUGCCCAGCGACAAAGGCGACCACUGGGCCAUCGCCUUUUCAGGGAAGAGUGCUGUCCUGGUAGCCUCUGCUCUCUCUGUUAUCGUCACCCUUUGCUUUGCCCUCCUGUGGAAGAUCAUAUGUUUUUUCGCCCUGUUGGUCAAGGGGACCGGAUCCAGGCGACGAUAUGUUGCCAUGGUCACCUUGUGGAACUCUGGCGAUGCUCUUCCUGCCCUUUGGAGUCUAUUGCAGUACACUUUCAAAUGCUAUCCGCACAAGGUCGAUGGCCCUCAGAAGAACGAUCAGCAGACGAGCCCUCAGAAAACAAGCAUUCAGGAGACGAAAGACGCAGGACAACCUGAAAAAGUGAGAAACGGGCUCUGGAGCGACUUCCUGUACGGCUUGACACUUUGCCUCAUUUGUUUCGUCGUCUGGGGAGGUAGCCUGGCCAUGUCGACAGUCACUUCCUGGAUUGUUUCAAUCGGAAGCGUCGCUCCCGUCAACCCAGACGUUCUCUUUUACCCUCAAGUCCCCGGUCUGGCACCUGUCCUGCAGCUCAAGGACUUUGGUCUCCGCGCUCCCGGAAUCAUGCGAUCUCUGGGAAGCGUUGAAGCAGCCAAGGUGACGCUGCGCAGUCGUGUCAACGUCACCAGGGUGCCCCUUGGCAACAUCUUCAACCCCAACACAAACGCAUCAGAUCUCCUGCAGGACCUUUACUAUGACUACAGCCUCACUGGGGUCGAACUCGGUCUCCGGAGUGGAAAUGACCUUGGUCUCGGGGUGAAGGGCUCUUGCAGGACCGAGUACGACUGGUAUCGACCCAACGGAAGUACCGCCGAUGUCGAGCUUUAUCACUUGUGGAAUAACAAGGAUCAAAACUGGACUAUGGGGUUGUCCAACGUUGCUAUCGCUCGUGCUCCGACGGCAGCUUUCCAACUUCCUAGCACCUAUUUGCAACAGGGUCCACCCAAGGAUUCCAACUUCUCAUACGCCGUGAUUGUUACUUCUGUUCAUCGCACUAGCAUCACGGAGGGUAGCGAUCCAUGGUACAACACAGAGUUGCGCGGAAACCUCAACGUCUCGAGGCCGUUUGACGCCAAGUUCUGGAUGAGACGCGCCAGGCCUAUCCUCUCUUGUUGGGAGCAGAUGAGAUGGUCGUAUAAGGGUGUAAACGUCAGCUCGAUUAACGAACUGAGAAACCAGCCCAAUUGGGACAUGCCAGAUGUUCUCCUUCGGGUUCUCGAAGCAAACUUUUUUGCCGGCCCCAUGAUCUUCAGAUUAGGGAACGCGAGCGGAGACUCGGCACUCAGAUCUCGAACGACGAGCCCGAACGGAGUAAUCGACGCUUCGAUAUCAUCGAUUGAGAGCGAUAUGGAACGCCUGGUGCUAGCCAGUUUUGUUGCUUCGCGCAAUAUCUUUGUUGAUGCCACCAUGUUUGGCGGUUCUGACCAGAACUAUCCAAACGUGUUCCGGGCUGGUAAUGGGCAAGCCGAACCCGGGUCAGGCCACUUUGUUGUUUCCAGCCCGGACAUCCAAACCUUUUCGCUGACCGGGAUCGUUACGCUAGUAGCCAUCCUGGUGUUCCUUCUUGCGCUUGAAGGGCUCCUCAUGCUGCUCAUCCACCUCCACAGAGGGAAUGUUGGAAAUGAAGGAUUGUGGAGCCGGUUCAGCGUACUGGAGGCAGUGCAAUUGUUCCGCUGCCUGUACGAGGAAAAAACAGACUUUCCCGCGUGGAAUGGAUGGAACUGCGACUGGCCAGUGCCUGAAACGAUUGUCAGGGGAUAUGGUGGCAAGACGUGCCAUAUCGAAAGUGACCUCUGUAAAUUGAGCAGAUGCGACCACGGCCACUGCUUGGGUCAUAUAAACAGGCGCCCUCCUCCAGCCAAUGAUACCAAAGCAAAGAACGGCAAAGCAACGAGCGACGAGGCAGCGAACAAACAAAAUUCUGCCACUACCGUCAGCAGGCAAAGUUUCAACAAAGAGGACAUACCAAGCCCUGAAGUCAAGGAGGUGACUAACCCAAUGGACCACAGGUAG